CUCACCCUGCCCGCCCUGGGGCUGCUGGAGGACAAAACCCUCUUCCCGGACGAGAUCCUGCAGAGCGUCCCCGAUGACUACCGCUGCGGGAAGGCGCUGGGGCCGGUGGAGUCCAUCCAGGAGCACCCACGCGACAGCAGUCGGCUCCUCAUCGGGUACAGCCGGGGGCUGGUGGUCCUCUGGGAGCAGAGCACACGCGUCGUCCAGCAUCUCUUCCUGGGGAACCAGCAACUUGAGAGCCUGGCCUGGGAGCAGAGGGGGAAGACCAUCGUCAGCUCCCACAGCGACGGCGGGUACAUGGUGUGGGCGGUGAGCGGCUCUGGCCAGAGGACGCAGCAGCCCGUCAUGUCCACCAUCCCCUACGGUCCAUUCCCUUGCAAAGCCAUCAGCAAAAUUCUCUGGCGGACCUGCGAGUCGGGGAACCCCUUCAUCAUCUUCAACGGGGGGAUGCCACGGGCCAGCUACGGUGAUCGGCACUGCGUCAGUGUGCUGCAGGGCCAAACUCUGGCCACGCUUGACUUCACCUCCCGUGUCAUCGACUUCUUCACCGUGCAGAGCGCCGAGGUGGCUGAGGGAGGCUUUGAGAACCCCCGUGCGCUUGUGGUGCUGGUGGAGGAAGAGCUGGUGGCCAUCGACCUCCAGACGCCGGGCUGGCCCACCAUCCCUGCCCCGUACCUGGCGCCGCUUCACUCCUCUGCCAUCACCUGCUCCUGCCACGUCUCCAAUGUGCCUCUAAAGCUCUGGGAGAGGAUCAUCAGCGCCGGCGAGCAGCAGAGCCCCCGGCUCUCCUCCGCGGCUUGGCCCAUCGACGGGGGGAAGAACCUGGCCCAGGAGCCCACGCAGAGGGGGCUUCUCCUCACGGGGCACGAGGACGGUACGGUGCGGUUCUGGGAUGCCUCGGGGGUCUCCCUGAAGCCCCUCUACAAGCUGGGCACUGCCAGCAUCUUCCAGACUGACUGCGAGCACAACGACAGCCUCAACCAGGCGGGCGAGGAGGAGUGGCCGCCUUUCCGCAAGGUGAGGUCCCCAGGGUUGGGGGGGACGCCGCUGCGGACCCCAACACCCCCCCCUCGCUCCUCCAGCAGCGGGUGGUCAAGCCCAGAGGCAGGCACGGAGGAUGCACCCGCCGGAGUCGGCCCGGCUGGUCCCCUGGUGACCCCCGUGCAGCGGCGGAUCGAGCCCCGCUCGGCUGACGACUCGCUCUCAGGGGUGGUGCGGUGCCUCUACUUCGCUGACACCUUCCUCCGAGACGCUGCCCACCACGGCCCCACGAUGUGGGCAGGGACCAACUCCGGCUCGGUGUUCGCCUACGCACUGGAGGUGCCAUCGCAGGAGAAGUUUUCGGAGCGGGCAGUGGAGGCGGUGCUGGGGAAGGAGAUCCAGCUGAUGCACCGGGCACCGGUGGUGGCCAUUGCGGUGCUGGACGGGCGGGGGAACCCCUUGCCUGAGCCCUACGAGGUCUCACGGGACCUGGCCAAGGCCCCCGACAUGCAGGGCAGCCACUCCAUGCUUAUCUCCUCCGAGGAGCAGUUCAAGGUCUUCACGCUGCCCAAAGUGAGCGCCAAGACCAAGUUCAAGCUGACAGCACACGAGGGCUGCCGGGUACGGAAGGUGGCCCUGGUGAGCCUGGCCAGCGCCGGCUCCGAGGAGCGGCUGGAGAACUGCCUGGCCUGUCUCACCAACCUGGGUGACAUCCACAUCUUCACCGUGCCCGGCCUGCGGCCCCAGGUCCACUACGGCUGCAUCCGCAAGGAGGACAUCAGUGGCAUCGCCUCCUGUGUCUUCACCAAGCACGGCCAGGGUUUCUACCUAAUUUCGCCAUCCGAGUUUGAGCGCUUCUCACUGAGUGCCAGGAACGUGACGGAGCCACUGUGCCGGCUGGAGGUCGCCCGGCUCCAGGACACCUCCUGCCUCAGUAACAGCUUGAUGGCAACACCGAAGCUGCCACAGGCAAAUGGCACCCACAUCCCGUGCAGCCCCGAGGGCCGAUGCUCCCCCAGUGACAGCGACCGGUCCCCCGAGGAGCACCCGGCCGCCUUCUCUCCUGGCUCCAUCGAUUCCCCCAACAGCAGCACGGAGAACCCUCUGGACACCACCGGGGAUAUCACCGUGGAGGAAGUGAAGGAUUUCCUGGCGUCCUCGGAGGAAGCGGAGAGGAACCUGAGGAACGCCAGCGAGGACGAGGCCCGGCCCACGGGAAUCCUCAUCAAGUGA